AAAAGAAAUAUUAAUAGGGACUAUAUAUACGAGGAAAGAUCAUGUACAAAUAUAGAGUGAUAAGAUUUAGAUUAAAGUAGGGGAACUAAAUAUAACAAAACUAAAAAUAGAUGUAAAAAGAUCAUAUUUGAAAUUAAUUAAAUCUAUAUAUAUCUUUCUUGAAAUUAAAUUAAAUUUAAAUAUUUGAACGAACACCUUACCAAACCCUGACUGUAUAUAAUAGUAAUACACUCCCAAUCGGUUGUAUUAUGUAUAUCAGAUAAAUCAUAUCUUCUUCAUUACCCAACCCUUUCGCUUUCUCACAGCUUUCGGAAUUUGCAUAGCAAAAUGGCCGGAAUCUUGAUGAUUUUCGACUUCGAUAAGACGAUCAUCGACUUGGAUAGUGACAAUUGGGUGGUGGAUGAACUCGGCGCCACCGAUAUCUUCAAAGAACUCCUCCCUACCAUGCCAUGGAAUACUCUCAUGGAUCGGAUGAUGACGGAACUCCAUGCACAAGGAAAAACCAUUGACGACAUCGCCGAAGUCCUCAAACGCGUUCCGAUUCAUCCCGAUGUGGUUCCUGCCAUUGGAGCCGCUCACGCCCUAGGAUGUGAUUUGAGGAUUGUGAGUGAUGCGAAUACGUUUUUCAUCGAGACGAUUUUGGAUCAUCUUGGAAUAAGAGAAUGCUUUUCUGAAAUCCAUACGAAUCCAAGUUACGUCGAGGAAGAAGGAAGGCUGAGGAUUUUUCCUAUCCACGAUUUCCAUAAAUCUUCUCACGGAUGCAAUCUUUGCCCUCCGAACAUGUGCAAGGGACUCGUUGUGGAGAGAAUUCAAGCAUCAUUAAUGUCGGAAGAGAAGAAUAAGAAGUUCAUCUAUUUAGGCGAUGGAAGUGGCGAUUACUGCCCUAGUUUGAAGCUUGGAGAAGGAGACUUUCUGAUGCCGAGGAAGAAUUUCCCACUGUGGGACUUGGUUAGCCAAAACCCACAUGUGGUUAAAGCUGAAAUUCACGAAUGGAGCGAUGGAGAAGAGUUGGGGAGGAUCUUGUUGAGGUUAAUCAACACCAUUUCGACGGCGGAAAAUGCUGAUCAGUUCUUGCCGCCUCAAAGUAUGGCCAUUCCUGUGUACGAGGCCCUGCCUUCGUCCGCAUCAAAAUCAGCCAUGGUGGCUAAUUGAGUUCAAUUAUACAACAUCCAAUUUUUCAAACCAAUCAAAGGCAACACUAUCUUCUGAACCAUAACUCUAUCUUGAUUUUUUUGAUAAUAGUACAUAGUGAAAAUUAUUUAUUGAACAUAUGAUUUUGCCGCAUCUUAGCAUAUAUAUAUCUUGGCCUUAUGGUGAAGGCUUUAAUUAUUUAGGUUAUGGUCAAGGAUGGUCAUGUAAUAUAGAAACAUUUGACUCCGGUUAGGACCAUAAUAACAUCACUAAGGUUCAACUUGGACAUGAUACACAAUAAAUAGAGAGUAUAUAUAAAUUUUUUUCAUUUAAAUACCAAUAACAAUGUACUUGAAAAGUCAUUAUUUUAUUUAUUUGAAGUGUAAUUAAUGACGAAUGGAGGGAUGGAGAAGAAAUAUGUAGAGGAUGUUGAUGUCGGAAAAUGGUGAGUUAUUGUAACCCCAAAAUAUGGCCGUUCCUGUGCAUGAGGCCCUGCAAUGGUGGCCACUUGAACUUCUUACAAACAAACUUCUAAUUAAAUGUAUUCACUU